AUGAUGAUGCAUCAGUUUGUUGCAGUUUUAUUGCUAGCACUUUCACUAUUCCUUGUAGCUGCUAGUGCAUUGACCAAGAGUGAUUUCCCUCCUCACUUUUUGUUUGGUGCUUCUACUUCAGCUUAUCAGGUGGAAGGUGCAGCAGAUGAAGAUGGCAGGAAGCCAAGCAUUUGGGAUACCUAUGCACAUGCUGGCAAUGCAGGGGCAUACGAGGGAAAUGGUGACAUUGCUUCUGAUCAAUAUCACCAAUAUAAGGAUGAUGUUGAACUCAUGGCUAAAAUGGGAUUAGAUGCCUAUAGAUUUUCCAUAUCAUGGUCAAGACUUAUUCCAGACGGGAGAGGGCCGAUAAAUCCUAAGGGAUUGGAGUAUUACAACAACCUCAUCAAUGAACUAACAAGCCAAGGUAUCCAGCCACAUGUGACAUUGAAUCAUUGGGAUUUACCACAAACACUUGAAGAUGAAUAUGAAGGAUGGAUUAGUCGAAAAGUCAUAAAAGACUUCACAGCAUAUGCAGAUGUAUGCUUCAGGGAGUUUGGAGAUCGAGUUAAACAUUGGACGACAAUGAAUGAGGGGAAUAUGUGUUCCAUGAUGGGUUAUGAUUAUGGAGUUGUACAACCUCAAAGGUGUUCUCCUUCUAUAUUUAACUGCUCCAAAGGAAAUUCUUCAACAGAACCGUAUUUGGUUACUCAUCAUAUGUUGUUAGCACACGCAUCAGCUGCAAAUCUCUACAAGAAUAAGUACAAGGUCAAGCAGCAGGGAUUUAUUGGGUUUAAUAUCCUUGUUCAGGGAUAUCUACCACUAACAAACACCAGCGAAGAUGUAAUCGCCACUAAAAGAGCCCAAGAUUUCUUUAUGGGGUGGUAUCUGAAUCCCUUUAUUUUUGGAGAUUAUCCGGCCGUCAUGAAAAAGAAUGUUGGCUCAAGGCUGCCUUCCUUCACUAGUAGGCAAUCAAACCUCGUCAAGGGAUCAAUUGACUUCCUUGGAAUCAAUUUUUACCAUGCAUUUCAUGUUAAGAACAAUCCUAGCAGCCUGCAGAUAAAGAAUAGAGACUACAUAGCUGAUAAGGCCGUGGAACUUAUUCACAUACCUGCAAAUAAUACCUUCCACGAUAAGAUUCCAAUUACACCCUGGAUUUUGGAACGAAUGCUUCAUUCAUUGAAGAAUGAUUAUGGAAAUUUUCCAAUUUACAUUCACGAAAAUGGUCAAACAUUACCUACGAAAUCAUUAGACGACCAACCAAGGGUGGAGUAUAUUCGGGAAUACAUAGGGAGCCUGCCUGAUAUGUUGAGGAAUGGACUCGAUAUAAGAGGCUAUUUUGUAUGGUCCUUCUUGGAUGUGUUUGAGUUAGAAAGUGGAUAUGAAUUCGGCUAUGGCUUAUAUUAUAUAGAUUUUGAAGAUCCAACUUUGAAGAGAAAACCUAAACUUUCAGCUUUGUGGUACUCAAAUUUUCUCAACAACAAAACUAUGGACAUUGACUCGGAGAUCACCAUGAAAAUUGAGGAGAAUUCAUCUGUACUCUCCAAGAAUCCUUUAAUGCAUAUUGCCACUUAG